UGUGAGGCUUCUGCUUCCUGUUUCGGGCUCUGGCGCAACGGACAUGCCGGCCUCGCAAUCGGCAGUACUUGCCGCGGCUGCGGCCGGCAAGGCUACGUACGCGCAGAAGAGGCUGACGGCGAUCAGGCGCCCAAGGCUUCGGUCGAAGAAGCUCUUUGGAAAGGAUCCUUCAGCUGGCGCGAGCGUAGAUGCCUCAUCGACGACGUGGGCGCGUCGCUGUAUGGUGACAGCCUCCGGAGCAGGCGUCUGGCCUGCCACGAAACGAGGUUCUGCGCAGCAACACGAACUAGCAGACUGCUAGCUGGUCGCUAGCUUGGCGAUGGUGACGGCGAUGCUGGAAGAGCUUGACCGAGCGCGACCUAGCUAGGUGCAUGCAUGCAUGAACACACGUGAAUGCACACUCGAUUUGCUUGCGAGGAGAAUGUGGCGCUGGGGCAAUCUUUCUGGUGUAUGC